AUGCUGUUCUGCCUCGUCUGGACAUGGCUAGCCAUAGUGGCGGGUGAUGAGAUCGCCCAGGGCUUGGCGUGGAGCUGGCCUGAGGGAUCCUUCUUGAGACUGGGUAAGAGCAGUCAACUGCUCUAUACGCACGCGGAGGUGAGUGCCGGGGUGGAGAUCUACGGCUUGGAGAUUGCCAUUCCCAACUACCAAUGUGUGGACACGACCAACAGCGAGGCCUCUUACAAUCUGACCUUGCGCUUUCCAAGCACGGGAGAUGUGGUGGAAGCUUUGCUGCACUUGGAGGCGGAGAAUGCCAGCCUGUUCCUGGGUCCUUCACUGGAGGAUGGCUAUGAACUCACCUUCGAGGGCCAACUGCUCCUGCGCCGCGCCCGACACGACGUGUCGCUGGGCGUCUCGGAGUCCACCACGGCAGCGGGCACAGGCGCCCGAGACUUCUGGUUGUCCUGGCAUUUCUCGCAGAAUACGGCCACGGUGCGCCUCUAUGGCGGUUCGCUCCCAGAGGACAACCAUUUGCUGCUCUCCUACUUCGAUCCGGUGCCCCCAUGGCAUUUGGAUGGCAUGCAGCUCUGGGCGGCCGGCUGGGGCACCUGGAGCCUCUGCCCGGCCGGCCGCGCACGACCCAGCUUGACGCCGUCGGUCCAUCAAAGAGCCAUGCUGAAGCUGGUGACCACCGAGGCACAGGCCUCCGACUGCGAAGCCCCAGUGGCGCUCCACGACGCGCCGGUACCGGGGGAGAGCGUUUGGCCAUUAGAUCUCAGCCUGGUGGGGGAGAACCGCUUGGCGAGCAACGCCAACUUCAGCUUCAUGCAAGGUGGCCGCUACAAGUUCUGCUACGCAGCUGAUGCGAGCAAUGAUUGCGUGUGCGUGGGGAACCUCUGCACUUGCAGUCGUUCCGGGGAGAUUUGCACUCCUUCGGCGCGAAGCUUUGGGAGCUGCAACCCUUUUGCGGGGGCAACGGGUGCCAGGAGUAGCGUUCUCUUCGUGGACCUCUGGGUGAUUGGCGUCUCCAGUGCCUGCCAGACGGAGGGCUGUUUGGAGCUGGAGCGCUGGGACUGCUUCUUCUCUCUGGGGACCACCAGUCGCGCGGCUUCCAGCUGCAUCUUAGACCUCCAGGCACGACCCACCUGGCAGCUCCAUGGUCCCACGGCCGCGUCCGCCGCCGCGGCCACGUGGGGCCCGCUCUUCGGGGCGGAUCUGCUGCAGAACGGCGCGCGGGUGGCGGAGACGCCGACCUUCUGUGGGGGGGUCCCCAGCGACUUCUUCGACACCAAUGUCUCGGUUGUCGAUCUUCAGGCGGCCUCCCCUGUGAUGCCUCCAGUGCGCGCUGACGUCUCGAUGGCAUUUACCGUGCCAUUGUGCUAUUGCUCAACCGCACCUUGUGCCGAAGUGGAGCACUUUGUACAGAGCUUUGGGCGCCUCUACAUGUGGGUGACCUACAUUUGCGACCGAGAUGACUCUUGUGAUGGGGUGAGCCCCAGCUAUGCACGUGUGCUUCCUGACCAACGCUUCGUGGUCAAGCUUCAAUGCCCUCCUGGUGGUGGAUGCAGCAGCGACGUCUCCAAUCAGCUCAAGUUCCUGGAGGCCACGGGGGCCCCAAGCCGCUCCAAUUGGGACCCCAGCAGCCGCUGCCGCGCGGCCGCUGCUGCGGAGGCCGCCCUCUCGGGCGGCGGCGUGCGGGUGGACUUCAAGCUUUGGCCCCAACGGGCGCAGCUCACAGCGCCGCUGCGGACGGACUUCCACGUGUGCUACUGCGAUGCUGGCUGUGAUGAGACCUGGAAUUGGCUACAAGUUGGCGUCCUGAAGACGGCCUUGGCCGUGGGACUGUCCUUUGAGAGUGCUUCGGCCCUUCGCUUUGCCCAGAAGCCAGGCACGCUCACGCUCUAUGCGGGGAUUGGCUCAGGGCCCUAUGUCUCAAACCGCUUUCAGGGUGCUGCACUCUUGAAGUUACUGACCUUGGACCAAGUGCAGGCCGGAGUGGUGAGCCUGGCUGAAGGCUAUGAGGUACAGAAGAGUGGCCGGGCUAAGCUGAUGGGUGGACUGCAGCAGGACUGCGGCCGCUCCGAUCAUCUCGUUGCCGAAGGCCGUGGGGAGACGUCCGAGCUCAGCCAACGCUUGAGCUUCCCAACUCUUCAGCUGCAGGCUGGAACGCUUGUGAUUUGCUACUGUGCGCAGCUGACGGACGAUGCGUGUACUGGAACAUGGUUCUACUUGGGCUUGUUGCAGGUGAGCGGGCCACAGCCGGGUCACCGCUGGGUGCUCCCGACCCGGCAGAAGGUGGGCCUACAGGACCUCCAAGGCUGGGGCUUCCGUGUGGAUGACCGUUUGCGCUUGCUGGACAAGGGCAGCAGCUGUAGCAGCGCCCCGAGCAGCAGCGCUUACAAGGUGGGUUGCAGCAGCAACAGCUCCUGCCGCGUGGCGCUGGAGGAUGAGACCAUCGAGGUUCGUGUGGCCAACAACCUGCUGUCUGGCGCCGAGCUCCUGGAGGUCCACGUGGAGUCGGAUUCCUCCAGCAUCCUGACCUUCAGCGCGCCCAUCGGGCACCUGCUGCAAGACGGAGAUGCCAUUUACUUGGAGCCUGAGAGCAUCCUCAUCGAUGGACGGGGCCUGAACAGCAUGUCUGAGGACGAACAGUUUGACGCAAUGCUGCUGGCUGGUAUGGCCCAAUUUCAGGAUGAUCCUAGCAAGUUCUUCCUCCAACACUGGCACUACGUCCAAGUCCUAGCCGAGGAGGGCAGUUCGGACGAGUCCAAGCGGGUUCGGAUCCCGAUGGGCUGGGCAUCCGACGCCCGCCGCGCGUUCUCUUUCGUGCCGGGGCAGCUGCAGUGGUUUCGUGCCAACCGCCUCGACUCGGAGGAGGAGCUGAAAGCAGAUAGCUUGGCAACUGACCUCCCCGUCUGCUGGGCGCCCAACGAGGGCGGUGCAGUGCAGUUCUACAGCGAAGCUGGCACAGUGAGCUUCACCGACCCACCCGAACUCCUGGGUGCACGCCUCGGAUUGACCAGCCGCCGCAGUGGAUCGACGUCCGCCGUGCUGAUCUCCUUCUCGCCCUCCCGGGCCGUGGUCGAGUAUCAACAAUCCACUGGCCACAUGCUGCUGGGCUUGCGCUUCCUCAACAGCAGCCUUUUGCCCGCGGGCCCCUCUGUGGGCGCCACGCAGGGCGCCUGCGGCGCGCUCUUCACCGAGCUUUGGUCGGAUGCGGCGAGUGGCUUUCCAGUGCCGGUGAGUUGUUGGAUGAGCGACCUGGGCGCGAACGGCGAGCCACAUCAGCGGGAGCUCUUCAUCCUCUUUGAGCGCAUGAGUGGCUUGCGGAAUCAAUGCCCCGGUAGCUCCUGCACCUACCAGCUGGUCUUGGAUGCGGUGGCCACUGACCUCACGAUCGGGCAAGAGGUGCUCGACAUCGAUGUGGCCUGCUCCUUCGCCCAUGGUGGCUGCGACAGGCGCUACCAGAUCUAUGAGCGCGCCUCCGUGGUCUCCGAGCAGCGCACUGAGCCGGGCAGUGGCGGCGGCUUCUCCGUGGCGCUGCGCGAGGCAGGCAGCGACGGGGUGCUUCUAUGGACGCAAGUCUUAGGGCUCCGGCUCACCACGACUUCGCCCAUCCAAGCAGGGCAAACGCUUCGCCUUUUCAUGGCGCCCUUCACACAGUGGAGUGUCCGAGGUGGCUGCGCCGCGAGCUGCGCCGCGCCGCCGGGCAGCUGCAGCAGCACGUGCAGCGUGGAACGGAUUUUGCCCCGGACCUUCGAGAGCGAGCUGGAGCGCUAUGCCAUCCUCAAGUUGCAGCUGCCCACGGUGGAUCUUGCAGCCGCUGCCCACCUCCUCACGGUGACUGGCCUGCCGAUGCCCGUGGGUGUGCUGUUCCCGGCGCUGCUCCACGCAGAGGUCACCACGGUCUUCGACACUGAGCCAGAGUACCUCGCUGCUGGCUACUUCGCCUCGGGUGUCGCAACGACGCCGGGCAGUGCGGCCGCCGUCGCCGGCGGUGUGGCGCGCAUGGUGAGGAGCGGGCGGCAGGGCUUUGGGCCCAUGCCCUUUGUGGGGAAGAGGAAUUGGCUGUAUGCUCAGAUCCAGCCUCCAGCUACGACAGGGGCCACGUCAACCCUUGAGAUCUUCCCUCCGCAAGGCCUGGCCUGUGAUUUGCUGGGUCCUUUACCGGCCAGCGUGGUGCCCUCCUCCGGCGCCGCGCUGCUGCGCGGAGAGGGUGCGGCGGUGUUCGAUGGGCAGUUGGAGACCUUGCUUCGGCUGGACCGAGACUUGGAUGGCUUCCCGGACGUGCUCCGCGGCGCGCUCCAGGGCGAAGGUCUGGGAGCCUUGGGCACCAGCAGCUGCUUCUAUUCGCUUGGUGAAAUCCGGCUGCAUCUGUUUCAGCCGAUUUUCCUCGCGCUGGAGCUCCUGAACCCCUCGCAGCCCUUGGCUCUUGCUGCCUGGACCGUGCGCCUGAGCAGCCGGGGCGAACGAGACAAUGGAGAGCUAUACUCGGUGGACUGGACCUUCAGUGCGUCGGACGAAGACCUCUGGACGGGCGGCGUCGCAGUGUUGGGUUUGUUGGAGGCCACGCUGCAACCCAGCGCCUUUGGGCGUGGGAGCCCCAACAAUUUGAGCAUUCUCUUCAAGCCUUUGCAAGAAGUCCCGCCCAAUGGCAGCCUGGUGCUCGACGGUCCCCUGCACUUCGACCUCACCGGCUGCCGCCACGGUGUGCUACCAGGCGCUCGCCCUUUGCCAGACCCAGGGCCCUGCAGUACCAGCCAAACCCCCCGGCAAAGGACUGCGGGAACUGCACUUAACCGUGCCGAGUUGAAGCUGGGCGGAUGGCUCCGGGGAAAGUGGCGCUAUGGAUUCCAGUUGCUGAUCACCAACCCGACGGGAGAGGUGGGCGACGAGUCCGGCGACGACGGCUACGGCUUCUAUCUAUGGACGACGCACCCCAGCAAGGGACCUUUGGAUGGUUCUGCAGCACCUGUUGGGAUGGUUGAGGGUGAGGUGAGGAGUUGGCAGCUCUCCUCAGAGCUCUGGGAGACCACGGGUGUCUCCUUGCAAGUGGCCAGCGGCUUUUUGAUGAAACCGUUUUCCACCUUUGGCCUGGUCGACACGCUGAAGAUCUCAGACCUCCGCCUCCCUGGCAGUGGCACCUUGCGUCCCGCCGCCGUCCUGCGCCUGCUGGCGCCGCCGCAGGUGCGCUUUCGCGCGGAGGCCACGGAGAUCACGGCAGCUGCGGUGGCGCGGAGGUUGACUCAGCUGCGGGUGAACCCCAAAGUGGUGAGCCCGCGGCAGCUGAGUUGGGACUUGUCUGGUUUGGAGGUGGCUCCAGUCACCUACACCUUCAAGGUGCCCUUCGAAGUGGAGGUCCAGCAGGUGCCGUUCGAGGCCGCUGCCGACUUUGUCCUGGAAAUGAUCGGCGGCGGCGGCCUGGCGGGCGCGAAGCGCUUCGCGGCGCCCAUUCUCAGGAGCUUGGUGGGCGCCUCGAUGAGGUGCAACUCUCAACACGUGGGCGCUUUCACAGAGCUGCGCUUUCACAUUCCGCUGGGCGCACCUCUGCCGAAGGAGAGCAUGUUGCUCCUCCAGGCAGAUGUGUCCACUCCAGGACUCACCCUUCAUUGCCCCAUGCAGGCGGAAGAGGCGCCUGGCUGGGUCCCUGACAGCGUGGCCUGCGCCAUCGUCUCCGUUUCAGCAUCGUUCGCCUGGCAGCUGACGUCCAGCGUUGGCUGGGCUGCCGGGUCCUAUGUGCUGCGGGGCCAAGCAUCCCACGUGGCGGGAAUCAGUUGGACCAUCUCCAGUUACAGCCCUGAAGGAGAUCCCUUGGAUGCGCCGGGCACAGCGGGAUGCCCGCAGAGUGAACUUUUGCCGUCCUCCUUGGAUUUCUCCACGGCGAGCCACAAGCCCCGACAGCCCACAGAGGUCUUCUUCACCUUAGAGCUUCCAGAGGCAAUUGCGGCUGGAUCAUCUCUGACCGUGCGCGCUCCAAGCGGCUAUGUGCUGCGCGCAGACUGUUCCGUGGACCUUUUGGUGGCGAGUGGCAACCACUCCAGUGCCAUUGCUGCCUCCCAGCGCUGCAUGGGGGAGGCCUCCACAGCGGAAGUGCUACUUGCGGAGGCCCUUGCGUCCGGGCCGCAUGCCUUUGGCUUGCGGCUCACGAAUCCCAGCCGUCAACCGAUCCUGAAUACGUGGGUCUUAGAGCUCAGUGAGCCCAGCGGCUUCCACCGUUGGAGCUCCCGACCCUUGGAUGGGUACCCCUUGGCAGAAAUCCAAUUCCCUCGACCGCUGGACGCCGUGAAUACUGCACUGAACACCGGUGGAAUGGCAGACGCGGCGCCGGUGGGGAUUUUCUUCGUCCUCCAGACGCCCGCCCAUGCGCUGCGCAUCAUGGCGCCCGCGCAGCACCAGUUGGGCUCGCUGCUGUCCCUGAAGAGCACCACCCACAUGUUCACCACCUCUGUGGAGGUGUUUGGACAUACCGCAGACGUGAAGAUUGCCACAGGUCUUGAGCCCGGCCUCACCUAUAGUCUCUACAUUCUGACCUCCAAUCCCACUGCACAGGUGGGUGGUGCCACCUGGUCUUUGGAGUCCUUCGGAGCGCGAAGCGAGCCCCUGGACCAGGGCGAGGUGGCCUCCUUCGAGUUGUUCCCUGCUGCAGACUUCCAAGUGGUGAACUUGGGCGAGGAAUACAGCAACCAAGAGAUCACCGUGCAGUUGACUUGCACCCUGCCGAGCGACCUGCACUUUGGAGACUCCUUGCUGGUCCAGGCGCCACCAGGCUUUCCCUUGGCUGACUUCCAAUGGCUGGGCCCCACGGUGUCGCUGUCAGCGGAGAUUUGGUGCCAUUUUGGGCCUUGCAUUUUGUCUGUGGCCUUCCUCAGCACUUGGCAGGGUGCAGCUGGCGUCGCGUUCGCGGCAGCGGAGCCCAUGCGCUUCACCGUGCGCGCGCGGAACCCCGCCAGCGCGCUGGAGCCUGAGAGUGCUUGGUGGCGCAUGGACCAGCGCCGCGGCGGCGCGCGCCGGGCCACGGCCGUGGCGGCCAGCUGGCCCAUUCGCCCGGAGUUGUCCAGCGCCUCGCUGCAGCUGCUGGGUCCCUCCUUGGCAGCACUGGCGGUGGCGAGCCUGCGGCUCCGCUUUGUGCCCGCCAGCCCCGCCGUGGCGUUGCGCCUGCGGGCGCUGUCUCCACCCGAGGUGUCCUUCGACGGGGCUGGCGGCGGCCCCGAGUUGCUUUUGCAGGGCCUCAGCCUGGUGCCUCACGUGGAGGUCUCCAUCCUCAUCACUUCUGUGCGUUUGGGCCGUGGUGGUGGGCCCAGCCGCUACUCUUUGCAAACCUUUCGGACACCCUACGAGGGGGUAGUGGAUGAGCGCUUGGACUUCUUUGGCUUCUACCAAGCGGGGCGUGCUGAGGUCUCUGGCACUCUACAGGGCUCCCACAUGCUGGAGCCGACCGGGUGGCUGCGCACGUUGCCACCCCGGGCUGCGGAGAAGGGAUUCAUCACUUUGAACCUCGUCUUCUCGAUGGACCUGUUUGCUGGUGAUGUUUUGAUUGUCACCUGCCAGGGCUUGGGUGCCUAUGUGCUCUUCAGCGACUCGCUGGUGAUGGAGCGCCUGACCUUCGUCCUGACAGGGGAGGCGAUGCCCGUGCUCGCCAGCAACCAGGGCGAGCACGAGUUGCACAUCGCGCUGGACACCGGCGGCAAUGCUUCCAAUGGCUCGGCGUUGGUUGCUGCCCAGUUUGCUAGGCUGCACUUUCAGGCCAUCCCCACGGCUGAAGCCAACACCUGGAAGGUCGAUAGCUGGAGCGGCAGCACCCUCAGCAACACCAACGAUGGGACCUUCCCGGGGUUUCAGCCGGUUCUUCCGCUCUUCGUGGAGCUGGUCCCGACCCGAGCGCCCCCCGACGCGCGCAUCGCGGUGAACCUGAAGGUCACAGCUGCCGCCAGUAGCAACCAGCUGAGACUGGUGGCGCCCGAGGGCUUUCGCUUCCCCAGCUUAUGCGGAGACUUGUGUGCCUCCUUCGGGGAAUUCUUUGAGGACACCGCGCGGGCCAUGGCCACCCUCUCUUCCUCCUCCUCGCUGCUGGGGGAGUCCCUGACCUUCCAGGUCCUCACGCCCCUCCGCACGCCACAGGUCGUCACUUGGCUCGUGCGCGCCUACGGUCCCACUGGACAGUUGGAUGGCUGGGGGGUCGCUGCAGGCUUCAAGGUGGACCAGAUGCACGUGCAAGUUUGGUACGGUGCCGUGCCAGGCUUGCAGAAUGCCGAGCUCGCCUUCGUGUUCACCUUGGACCUUCGAUCGAUUCGGUCGUUUCGGCUCUCAGUCCGUCACCGGUCGACCGGAGCGGACCGGAGCGGACCGGACCGGUCCAACGGUCGGGACCGUGCCGGAUCAGGUCUCAACAUUGAAUCACAGGGGACAUUCCGAAAUCAGAAGAUGUGUUAUGUGAAGAUGAUUGAAGAUGUGUGA